AUGUUGGAAAAGUAUAAAGUGUUACAGGGAGAUGAAGCACAAUUUGAGGGACAAAAUUUAUUCUUUAAUGAUAAAAAGUUUAAUAUAAUAAUGGAAGGAGGAAAAAUAAAUGAUUCUUUACCUACAGCAGUUUCUAAAAUACAAAAUUUAGCCUUUAAUAUAUGGAUGGAAGCAAAAAAAGAACAAAAUUUGUCAAAAACAUUAAUAAAUGUUACAAAAACAAUUGAAUCUCCAAAUUCACUUUCAACAUUAGUGCCUCAAACAUUAGGAAAUAAUUAUACAAUAGAUUAUACAAAUGUACAACCAUAUGAUCAAUUGACUGUAUUUAUUAUUAUUUUUAUUGGAGCAUUAUUUGCUAUCAUAACAAUUGUAGGAAAUUUGAUGGUAAUGAUUAGUUUUAAAAUUGAUAAACAACUCCAAACAAUAUCAAAUUAUUUUUUAUUUUCUCUUGCUGUUGCUGAUGUAGCUAUUGGAUUAAUAUCAAUUCCAUUAAUGACAUAUUAUAUUGCUAAUAAAGUUUGGGAUAUAGGAUAUACAAUGUGCCAAUUUUGGUUAUGUGUAGAUUAUGCUAUGUCAAAUGCUUCUGUUAUGAAUCUUCUUGUUAUCUCAUUUGAUAGAUAUUUUAGUGUUACAAGACCAUUAACAUAUAGACCAAUGAGAACAACGAGAAAAGCAUUAUUAGCAAUAGCAUCAACAUAUCUUUUUUCAGCUAUAUUAUGGCCACCAUGGAUAAUAUCAUGGCCAUAUAUUGAAGGUAAAUUUACAUCAGAACCAGGAAAAUGUGUUGUACAAUUUUUGGAAACAAAUCCUUAUGUUACUGUAUCAACAGCUGUAGCAGCAUUUUAUAUACCAGUAACAAUAUUAAUUGUUUUAUAUGCACGGGUUUAUAUAGAAACUGAAAAUAGGAGAAAAGAAUUAGGUAGACUUCAGGGAAAUACAAAUUAUCGUAUCAGUAAAGAAUACCCAUCAAAUUCUUCAAAUUCUUUUAAAGAUCGUGCCUAUACAAGUUUAAGAAAAAGUAAAAUAUUAAAUUUUUUAAAUAAUGAUGAAAAUGAUGAUAUAGAAAAAGAAAGUAAAUGUUUAUGUUUUAAAAAUUGUUUUACCAAAUCACGUAAUGGAUUAUCAACAGAGUUGUCGGAAACAAUUAUUAUAAAAGAUGAUGACACAUCAAUGACAAUGUCAUAUGGUGGUAUAAAUACAAAUCCUGAUGUUAAAAUUCCAAUAAUAGAUGGAUCUCAGUCAUUUCUUAUAUCAAGUCCAGUUGAUGAACCAACAACUAUUCUUAAUAAAUAUACGGUUUUAAUAGAAUUAGCUGAAGAAGAAGGUAAAAGACCUUCAGUUAAAUUGGGUAACUGCAAAAGGAAUAUUCAAUGUGCCAAUGGAAAUGGAAUUCCUACAAAAUGUAUUCUUCAACGUGUAAAAACAGAUUAUAACAUUCAAAGUACAUCAAAAAAUAUAGAUAUAGAAGGUAAGAAGAACCUUACAACUGAUAGAUAUGGAGUUAGAUCAGCUCAAUCAUCAAUUAAAUUUAAUAAAUCUAAAAGUAAUGUUAAAUUAUCAUUUGGUGCUAAAGAAGGAAGUAGUAUGUUACAACACAAUUAUGAUACAGUAAAAAAAAAAGGUGAAAAAGAAAAUAAAAGAAAUGAAAAGAAACAGGAAAGUAAAGCAGCCAAAACAUUAUCUGCCAUUUUAUUUGCUUUUAUUGUAACAUGGCUUCCAUAUAACGUUAUUGUUGUAUGGGAGGCAUUUUUUCCAAAUUCAAUACCGGAGAUGUAUUUUUUAAUUAGUUAUAUAUUAUGUUAUGUCAACUCAACUAUAAACCCACUUUGUUAUGCAUUGUGUAAUCCAAGAUUUCGGGCAACCUACUUAAGGAUAGUUAAAUGUAAAUGGAAAAAUAAUAGAAAUAAUAAUCUUCAGAGAGGAGCCUUUUUUAGGAGGACAUAA